GGAAAAAAAAAAAAGAAAAGAAAAAAAAGAAAAAAAGGGAAAAGUAUUGUUUGUCGAGAGAAGGGGGGUUACUGGCGAUCUCGCGGCCGGAGAGCGUUCGAUAGAGAGAGAGAGAGACGGAAUAUUCAGCUAUUUAGCCGGAAAACUGUUUGCCAUCGCCGGUGGAAACUUUUACGGUUGCCGGAAUAGGAAUUUUUGCUUCCGAUCGGGCAGUGUUGUUUGCGCGGAAGAGAGAUGGUGAAUUCCGUGGUGGCACGUGCUACGAGCGAUAUGUUGAUUGGUCCCGAUUGGGCGAUGAACAUCGAGAUCUGUGAUAUGCUGAAUCAUGACCCUGGGCAAGCGAAAGAUGUUGUUAAAGGUAUAAAGAAGCGACUUGGAAGUAAGAACUCAAAGGUUCAACUUCUUGCCCUGACGCUGUUGGAAACAAUCAUUAAGAAUUGUGGGGACAUUGUCCAUAUGCAUGUGGCAGAGAAGGGUCUACUUCAUGAGAUGGUAAAAAUGGUGAAGAAGAAGCCUGAUUUUCGGGUCAAAGAGAAGAUAUUGAUUCUGAUAGAUACUUGGCAAGAGGCUUUUGGAGGACCUAGGGCCAGAUAUCCACAAUACUAUGCCGCAUACCAGGAAUUGUUGCGUUCUGGGGCAGUCUUCCCCCAGAGAUCCGAAAGCUCUGCACCUGUAUUCACACCUCCGCAGACACAACCUUUGGCAUCUUAUCCUCCAAAUAUGCGGAAUGCUGAUCGGAAUCAGCAAGAUGGUGCUGAGACCUCUGCAGAGUCUGAGUUUCCGACCUUAAGUCUGACUGAAAUCCAAAAUGCCCGUGGAAUUAUGGAUGUCCUUUCAGAAAUGCUUAAUGCAUGUGAACCAGGGAAUAAAGAGGCAAUUAGACAGGAGGUUAUUGUUGACUUGGUUGACCAGUGCCGUACUUACAAGCAGAGGGUGGUUCACCUUGUUAACUCGACUGCGGACGAGUCACUACUCUGCCAAGGACUUGCUCUUAAUGAUGAUCUGCAGAGGCUACUUGCGAGGCAUGAAUCCAUUUCUUCUGGAACUCCUGUUGCUCAAAAACCGAAGUCUGAAUCUACUGCAGCACUCGUUGACGUGGACCGGCCUCUUAUUGACACUGUAGAUAACAGCAAACAGCCUGAGACAAAAGCCACCUCAAAUGCCGGUGAAGGUUCUCAAACCCUGAAUCAAUUGUUGCUUCCUACACCUUCUGCAACUAAUGGUCCAGUUCCUCCAGUUAGAGUUGAACCCAGUGUGGACCUUCUGAGCGGUGACUUCAAUUCACCAAAGGCAGAUAAUUCAUUGGCUCUUGUUCCUCUAGGAGGAGAGAAACAACCUAAUACUCCUGGAUCUGAUCAAAAUGCUCUUGUUCUUUUUGACAUGUUCUCUGAUGGUAACAAUGCCUCUAAUCCCGCAAAUCCCCCUCCUAUCAACCCCAACGGGCAAUCCCACCCACCUGCUUCUCAAUUUCAACAGCAGCCAAAUCUUCACUCUCCACAAGGUGGCAUGUAUCCGAACGGGAAUUCCACGAAUAUGGGUUCACCUCAUUAUGAGCAAUCGAUGUACAUGCAGGGUCCAGGUUCUCCCUGGAAUGGUCAAAUUCCGCAGCAGCAGCAGCUGCAGCAGCCCCCUUCACCUGUCUAUGGUUCGCAAACAACUGGUGCAUUCCCACCUCCGCCAUGGGAAGCUCAGUCUACUGAUGAUGGCAGCCCAGUAGCAGGUUCUCAUUACCCUCAGACAUCAAUGCAGGUAACUACUCAGGUUAUUGUUUCGCACGGACACCCCCAGGGACCUCAGUCAAUGGGGAAUGAGGUGGUUGGCAUAGGUAUGUACAUUCAGCCGAUGACGAGCGGUCACAUGCCAACCAUGAAUAGCCAUGUUAAUCCGAACAAUCAGUUGGGGUUGCACCCGCAGCAGAUCCCAGGCAUGCAAAACAUGGUUAUGCCAAUGCCUCCGCAACAUUCGCAAGCUAACCAGAUGACACAACCCUACUACCCUCAACAGAUGUAUGGCAACCACAACCAAUACAACACUGGGUAUGGCUAUGGCCACGGUCAACCGCAGCAAGCGCCCCCCCAAUAUCUUGAGCAGCAGAUGUAUGGCAUGUCCAUUAGAGACGAUACGAGUAUGAGCAACUCAUCUUCUCAGGCUUCUGCUUUAUCUUAUUUGCCUCCCAUGAAACCAGCUAACAAGCCAGAGGAUAAACUGUUCGGGGACCUCGUCGACAUUGCAAAAUUCAAGCCUGGGAAAUCGCCUCCUGGCAGAGCUGGUAGCAUGUGAAAUCAUCACCAUGCGUUUUUUUUCCUUCUUUUUUCCUUUGCUUACUUUUAUUUUAUGCCGCUCCCUGUUCUACAUUUGCAUACAUAUAGUAUUUGCUUUUGGCCCCUCAUUCUUGUUUCCUGUCUGAGUAUUGAAAUCGUGUACAUUUCUUGUAGAGGGAUGGAAAAAAGGGAGAAAAAGAGUAAAAGAAAAGAGCCUUGGGAGACCUUCAUUAAAAUUGGACUUCUGUUGGAUUUUUUUUUUUCUUUUUCCAUUUCUAAUAAAUAAUUUUAGUGUAAAGUUAAUCUCUGAUUCAA